UUGGGUAUCCAAUCCCAACUCACUUUCGCCGAACUCAUCGGAUCCAACUCCAUUUCCUCUCCCAUCCAACUCCUUCCUCCUUUUCGCUUCCGAUCAAAAAAUGGACCUUUCAGUCUCAGCCUCUGACUCUCCACUUCUGAACGACACCGUUGAUGGCGCCGUCGAUUUUCAAGGUCACCCAGUUCUCCGAUCAUCCUCCGGUGGUUGGAGGUCCGCCUCUUUCAUGAUAGGAGUGGAGGUCGCCGAGAGAUUUGCUUACUACGGAAUCGGUGCCAACCUCAUUACUUACCUCACCGGGCCACUUGGUCAGUCUGUGGCCACCGCCGCCGAAAGUGUCAACAUCUGGUCAGGCAUCUCCAUGCUAUUCACUCUCCUCGGAGCUUUUGUCGCUGAUUCCUUCUUCGGACGAUAUCGCACCAUUCUUUUUUCUUCUGCAAUUUACGUCUUGGGACUAGCCUUGCUCUCUUUCUCUGCUCUGCUUCCCACAACAACCUCCCUCCUCUGUCAGAACUCUAACGAAAUUUCAUCAUGUUCCACUCCCCAGUUUCAGCUUAUGUUGUUCUUCGUCUCUCUGUAUCUAAUAGGGGUAGGGCAAGGUGGACACAAGCCUUGCGUACAGGCUUUUGGAGCCGAUCAGUUCGAUGCCCAACACCCUCAAGAGGCCAAAUCCAAAAGCUCAUUCUUCAAUUGGUGGUUCUUUGGUGUGUGCGCUGGUACCUUUGUAGCCAUUUUGGUGGUAACAUAUACGGAGGAAAAUCUUAGUUGGAGUUUAGGAUUUGGAAUUCCUUUCAUUAUGAUGGUGAUUGCAUCGGUUGUGUUUGUAUUUGGGAAAAACACAUAUCGUUAUAGCGUCAAAAAGUACGACAAGAGCCCAUUUGUGAGAAUUGGUCGGGUAUUUGUAUCUGCAGCUAGGAAUUGGAGAGCUUCUUCAACAUUCAUUUUUGGUCAGGAAGAAAGUGCAAUAGACUUGUCGCAACAGAAAGCUGGACAAUUCAGAUUUCUUAACAAAGCCUGCAUUGUCCCAAAUCAUUCCAACCUAUGUGGAAUGGUGUGCAGCAUGAGCGAGGUUGAAGAAGCAAAGGCAGUUCUUAGGAUUUUUCCUGUAUGGAUGACAGUCCUUGUAUUUGGUAUUGUGUUUGCACAAGAUUCCACAUUCUUCACCAAGCAAGGAGCUACAAUGGAUAGAUCAAUUUUAUCAGGCUUUAUCAUUCCUGCUGCUGCAAUCGAUUCAUUUGUUCCCCUUUCCAUCGUUAUCUUUAUUACCAUCUAUGAUCGUGUAUUCGUUUUUAUCGCCAGAGCUUUUACAGGAGUACAGUCUGGUAUCACAACGCUGCAGCGAAUAGGAACUGGGCUGGUUAUAUCUGCCAUUUCAAUGUUGGUUGCGUCUAUGGUUGAAAGGAAAAGAUUAAGAAUUGCAGAAGAGCAGGGUCUAGUUGAUAGGCCUGACAUAACAAUUCCAAUGAGCUUUUGGUGGCUAGUUCCUCAAUAUACUUUGUAUGGUUUGGCUGAAGUUUUUACAUUGGUUGGUCUCCAAGAGUUCUUCUACGAUCAAUGUCCAUCAGAUUUGAAAAGCAUGGGGCUUGCCUUUUACACUAGCGUCUUAGGCAUGGGAAGCAUUUUAAGCAGUCUUUUAGUUUCUGUGAUCGAUGAAGCAACUGGAGCCAAUGGGCAGAAUAGUUGGUUUUCCGACAAUCUCAACAAGGCGCAUCUUGAUUACUUUUAUUUGCUAUUGUCUGGGCUGAGUCUUCUAGCGUUUGUUGGCUUCCUGUUUGUUUCCACCUGGCAUGUUUAUAGCAGAUGAAUAAGUAUACGUCAAAUGAUAUGAAAAGUGUUGGUUUCAGAAGAUGGAAUGCUUCAUACUCGGUUGAGUGUUGGUUUCAGAAGAUGGAAUAUCUAAUAUUUUUUUCGCAUGGAGAACUCAUUAGAUUGUUGCAAGCGGAACAAAUCGGCCGUGCUCUAGAACCGAUUUGUUAUCGAGCCGCAUUAUUGGAAAUAACAAAAGUAAGUUCUCAUGAAACUGCUCGAAUUUUAGCAAAAGCUACCCUCCAAGAUUAUAUCGAUCGGUUGUGAGGUCAUAAAGAGAACUAGCGCACUGCGCACUGUUGGAGGAUCACUACAACAUUUCCUAUUCAUUGCAGCCUUGUAUUAUAGCAUUUACCCAGAAAGACACAACAUUCGAGUACAGGGAGGCUGUUCAUAAUUGUACUAAGCAGACGAGUGCCAAAGUUUUUGGUUUCCUUCUCGGUAUGUCUAUUUAAUUCACCACAUACCACAAAGAAAACCUCACGAAAA